AUGCCCUCACCACCACCCACACCCCUCCCCCAACCACGCCCCUUCCUAAGAUCCCUCCUCUCCUCCAUCCAACAACCCACCACAACCCCAAACACCACCACCACCACCACAUCAACAACAACAACAGCAAACCCCCUCCUCCCCCUCCACACCAACCUCAGAACCCCCCUCCUAACCCUCCACAUCCUCUUCCCCAACGAACUCCUCCCCGCCCUCGACCUCCUCGACCGCGGCCUCGUCUCGCGAGUGCUCGUUUAUCGCGGGCGUGGACACGAGUCCGAAGACAAAGACAACGACAACGACAAAAAACACGGGGAGGCAGAUGGCAACGGAGACGGAGACGGAGACGGAGACGAAGAAAGCAGCGAGAAGAAUGGACAGAGCGACGCAGUAAUAACAACAUAUUUCCACGUGCGCUCUGCUGCCACUGCUACUACUACGCACCGCUCGUCGCGGCACUACGGCCAGAACAACGGCCAGCAACAACAGCAAGAAGCCCAAAUCUACCGCGUCCGCACCGACGCGUGGAACUGCGACUGUGCUGCCUUUGCGUUUGCCGCGUUUCCUGCUGUUGUGGACACGGCGGGGACACACACAGACACAGACACCGAGGCACACACGGACACUCACUCAGAAAGAACACAAGGGACACAAACAGAAACAGAGGCAGACACAGAAGGACAAGGAGUCGAGACCUGGCAAUGGGGCGGGCGCACACUUGGCCGUGGCAGUGCGCCCGUGUGUAAGCAUCUGCUUGCCUGUGUGCUGGCGUCGCGGUGUGUGUUGUUUGCGGGCUUGGUGGAGGAGAGGAGGGUUGGGUUGUGGGAGGGUGUUGGGUGGGCUUCUGGUGCGGCUGGGUUGGGGAUUUGA